UCUGUACCCGCCAUCGCUUUCACUCUUUAAAAUAAUUUGCAAGAGAGAGAGUCAACCAUGCCUAUGUUGUACUGCAAAUUUUUUGUAUUGUAGUACAUGCAAUGCAAUAUCAUGUUUGUUAAAGUAUUAUUAAAACAUAAAUUUCUAUAUAUUUAAUUAUUUUUCUCUGUAUAUAAAUAAAUCAUACAUUUUUCUCAAAAUAUUGUCGUGGGGAUUUUGUCUGUCUUGUUAUUUGUGUGUGUAUGUUGUUUGAUCAUUCUCAGUCUGUUUCGAAGAAAAUAGCAAGAUUGUGGUAAGGUAUAAAUUUUAAAAUGGAGAAUGGGACUACACAUAAGGAAGGGCCUUUUUCUUCUUCAGAGAUUGAGAAGUUUGAAAGAGAGGACAUGGAAGAGGUUAGAUAUGAGGCAGAGGAUAUUAACGAAAUUGCACCAUGGACCAAACAGCUCACCCUUCGUGGACUGGUGACCAGCAUACUGAUUGGAAUAAUUUACUGUGUCAUAGUAAUGAAGCUCAAUCUCACCACUGGUUUGGUCCCAAAUCUCAAUGUCUCAGCUGCUCUUCUUGCUUUUGUGUUCGUAAAGACAUGGACUAAGGUUCUCAGCAAGGCUGGAAUUAUGUCAUCUCCUUUCACUAGACAAGAGAAUACUGUAAUCCAAACAUGUGCAACUGCAUGUUAUAGUAUAGCUGUUGGAGGUGGAUUUGGGUCUUAUCUGUUGGCUUUGAACUACAAAACGUAUGAACAAGCAGGAGUUGAUACAAAAGGCAAUGCUCCUGGUAGUACAAAAGAGCCUGAUAUUGGUUGGAUGACUGGUUUUCUCUUUGCUACUUCUUUUGUUGGGCUAUUGGCUUUGGUGCCUCUUAGAAAGAUUUUGGUUAUAGACUACAAACUAGCUUAUCCAAGUGGAACAGCUACUGCUGUUCUUAUCAAUGGUUUUCACACAACUAAGGGUGACAAAAUGGCUAAGAAACAGGUACAUGGGUUCACGAGAUUCUUCUCCAUUAGUUUCCUAUGGGGUUUCUUUCAGUGGUUUUAUUCAGCUGGAGAUCAAUGUGGUUUUACUCAGUUCCCCACUUUCGGUUUACAAGCUUGGAAAAACACAUUUUACUUUGAUUUUAGUGCCACUUACGUUGGGGCAGGUAUGAUCUGUUCCCAUCUAGUCAACUUGUCUUUGCUUCUUGGUGCUGUGCUCUCUUACGGUGUAAUGUGGCCAUUGAUAAGGGGUCUUAAAGGAGAGUGGUUUCCUCAAAGUUUAUCAGAAAGCAGCAUGAAAAGUCUAAAUGGUUACAAGGUUUUCAUCUCCAUCGCUUUGAUACUUGGAGAUGGGCUUUAUAACUUUCUCAAGAUAAUUGUUUUCACUUCCACAAGCAUCCAUACCAAAAUGAAGAACAAUACCCUCAAAACAUCUUCCGACAAUCAAGAUGAGACCAUUGAUGAUCUUAAUAGAAAUGAGUUGUUUGUAAGAGAUGGCAUUCCUCUUUGGAUAGCAUGCGUUGGAUAUGGUUUCUUUACCCUCAUUUCCGUCAUUAUUGUCCCAAUAAUGUUCCCUCAACUCAAAUGGUACUACGUAGUUGUUGCCUAUAUGCUUGCUCCUUCUCUGAGCUUCUGCAAUGCUUAUGGCUCUGGUUUAACAGACAUGAACAUGGCAUAUAAUUAUGGUAAAGUUGCACUAUUUAUUCUUGCUAGUCUUGCUGGAAAAGAAAAUGGUGUGGUUGCAGGGCUUGUUGGUUGUGGUUUGAUCAAGUCCAUUGUAUCCAUAUCUUCCGAUUUGAUGCACGAUUUCAAGACUGGUCAUCUCACUCUCACUUCUCCUCGGUCAAUGCUUGUGAGCCAAGCUAUUGGAACAGCAUUAGGCUGUGUAGUGGCACCCGUCACAUUCUUCCUCUUCUACAAGGCCUUUGAUAUAGGGAACCCUGACGGUGAAUACAAAGCGCCAUAUGCUAUAGUCUACAGGAACAUGGCAAUUCUAGGUGUUGAAGGAUUUUCUGCCUUGCCUCAGCAUUGCUUGCAACUCUGUUAUGGCUUCUUCGCUUUCGCUAUAGCAGCCAACCUUGUGAGAGAUCUUUCACCCAAGCAUAUCGGUAAAUGGGUUCCUCUUCCAAUGGCUAUGGCUGUUCCUUUCUUGGUCGGUGCUUACUUCGCCAUUGACAUGUGUGUGGGAAGUUUAGUUGUUUUUGUGUGGCAUAAGAUGAAUGGUAAGAACGCCACAUUGAUGAUUCCUGCUGUUGCUUCUGGUUUGAUCUGUGGAGAUGGUUUAUGGAUUCUUCCCUCGUCAGUACUUGCGUUGGCAAAGAUUCGACCACCCAUAUGCAUGAGCUUCUUCAGCUCAGAGUAAUGGUUUGGCAUUGGUUGGUUUAUAUACAAGGUCCCAUGUAUGAGUCUCUCGAAUAUAUCCACACAGUUUUUAAUUUGUAAAGUUUAAAAUGGGCAAUGUUGAUGUUAGUGACAAUUUCUGUUCAAUAAUGAUGUAUCAGAUGUGCAUUUAUAGAUUACUAUUCUGAUGUUUUCAAAUAAAUGUGCUCAAAAUAUUAGAAAACAUCAUAAUAGUCUUCGAUGAAAUAUAUUCUAAUAAAUGAUACGUAUUUUGCGUGAGAUACGAUUUUUGAAUAUGUCUUAUCUAAUAAAUGUAGUGAAAAUAUUUUAUUAAUGAAAUAUAUCUAUGGGAUAAAUCUCCUGUCACAUGGAAAAUACAUUAAACAAGUUACAAGGAAAAAUAAAGUAAGAUUUUUUAUAAGGGUCAAUAGACCAUUAUAACUCUUGGAGUAAUCGGUUCUGUUUUCAUAGGCUUAAAUCUUUUAGCUCUAUACUAGACAAGAAAUAAAUAACAACUUCUCAAGACUCCAACAAACUUUCAGCAACACAGAAAAAUCAAUAACAGUUUUCUAACUGUUUUCUCAGCUCAAAAUACAACACAUCACAGUUAGUAAUAACACUAUAAAUAAAGGGGUCAACCUGCCCAUUUCGUGUGGCAUUUUUUAGAUUAGCCAAAGAGUGUUGCAGCAGCCAUUUCAUGAAGAAAUAACCUUAGAAAAUAAGAGAGAAAAACAGAGAGAGUUAGAAAGUUUUAUUUUGUAAUAAAACCAGAAAAAAUAAAAGAAGAAAAGAGAGAAAAAGCUUGAGAUUACCUACUGAAAUUGUGGCUAUGAAUCUCCAACUCCUUGUACUCGAUUUUGACAUUGAUAGUGAAGAUUCAAGCA